GGGGGCAUCGCCCGGGCUCGGCUCGGCGUGGGGAGGCGACGAGGGGCGGUACCGGGCGGGCGGGGCCGGGGCCGGGGCCGGGCGGGUUGGACCGAACGGCAUCGGCGGGAGAGCGGCAGAGGCACGGCGGAGGCAGCGGCGGCAGCAGCAGCAGCAAUAGCAGCAGCAGCAGCAGCAGCAGCAGUAGCAGUAUGGCUUCGUCGCAGGGAAAGAACGAGCUGCGGUUCGCCGACUGGAUGGCAGCUCUGCCCGGCAGCAUCCACCGCACCCCCCUCACCAACCUGGCCAUCCCGGGCUCUCAUGACUCAUUUAGCUUCUACAUUGAUGAAGCCUCUCCAGUUGGGCCUGAACAGCCAGAGACGGUCCAGAAUUUUGUGUCUGUUUUUGGGACGGUGGCUAAGAAGCUGAUGAGGAAGUGGUUGGCUACACAAACCAUGAACUUCACCAGCCAGCUGGGGGCAGGUAUACGGUAUUUUGAUCUUAGAAUUUCCACCAAGCCCAGAGACCCAGACAAUGAACUCUACUUUGCUCAUGGUUUAUUCAGUGCCAAAGUCAAGGAGGGUCUGGAAGAGAUCAAUGCAUUUCUCAUUGACCACCCAAAAGAAGUGGUCUUCUUGGACUUUAAUCACUUCUAUGGGAUGCAGAAAUACCAUCAUGAAAAGCUUGUCCAAAUGCUCAGAGACACAUACGGAAACAAAAUGUGUCCUGCUAUAUUUGCCCAUGAAGUCAGCCUCCAGUACCUGUGGGAAAAGGAACACCAAGUGCUGGUGUUCUACCACAGUCCAGUGGCUCUCGAGGUACCAUUUCUUUGGCCAGGCCAGAUGAUGCCAGCUCCCUGGGCAAACACAACAGAUCCAGAAAAACUGAUUCAAUUCCUCCAGGCAUCAAUCACCGAAAGAAGAAAGAAGGGCUCCUUUUUUAUAUCUCAAGUAGUGCUGACGCCAAAGGCUAGUACAGUGGUGAAAGGGGUUGCUAGUGGUCUCAGAGAAACGAUCACAGAAAGGGCUCUUCCGGCGAUGAUGCAGUGGGUCCGAACUCAGAAACCAGGAGAAAGUGGUGUGAAUAUUAUCACUGCAGAUUUUGUAGAACUUGGUGACUUCAUCAGCACAGUCAUAAAGCUCAACUAUGCCCUGGAUGAAGGUGAAGAUGACACUACUUGAUAGUACUAUAGUAUGUGUGUUGUCGUAUUAUUUAGAAUUAAAAAGAAAGAUUGCAUUUUAAAAGAAUUAUAUUGUAAAACAGUAAUCUUCCUAUAACACGCUGAGGUGUUUAGGGCUUUAGUGGGUGGGCGUAGGGGAAAUGUUUUAGUCAUUUACAAUCAUUUUUUACAUUUGUGUUUCAUGUGAAGAGCAAAACUAAACAUGUUUACAGUGUUUGAUAAAAGAAGGCCAUUUACAUGUUUUCCAUGAAGUACCAAAUGUGAUUCAUAUGUCUUCUAUGGUUAUGAACAGUGCCAAGAAAUCUGCUGUUUUCAGAGCAAUGGGAUGUAUAUUGCCCUCUGCCUGCCCACAGCAGGAUUCCCUGACAGCAUGAGCAUUAUGCUGGGAGAGGACAGUAUAUCUGGCCCAAAAAUUUUAAGCCGCUACACUUCAUCUAUUAGGUGGUUUAACUGAUUGUAUUUAUCAGUGAACUACAAGUUUAAAUGCCUUUGUAAAGUAAAUCCAAAGUCAUGCCUCUAACAUACGCAUAAUCAGUGGACAGUAAACAUGAUGUAUUACGUAGCGUGCACAGUGCACAGAUUAAAUCCUGCUUGCUUUUCGUUGUCAAAAUGGGGUUUUCCAAAGUCUCUGCCUCAGGUCAAGUCAGCAAAUAUGUGAUGCUGGCCUAACUCUGUACCAGGAGCUGCCAGUACGUAUUUCACCUGGUUCUAGCAGGAACAAAGUUAGGCCAGCUUGAAGCACCAGUUCCUCCCAGGAACAAUUUUAUGUGAGACUCUAAUCCAACAUCCACUGAAUUUAAUAGGAACAUUUCCUGUGUUUAGCAUGGAUUGGACAUAAGAUCAGUAAAUUGUGUGUACUGCAAGGUGGGCAGGAUUUUGUCCCAUAGUGGAAAUGUGCUUUCUGCAGGACUAAAACUGCACUUAAAAAAAAUAGGUGCAGUCUAAGCUUCUCUUUAAGGCAGCUACGAACACAACGCUUCUCUGCUGAUUCCAAAAAAAAUCAAUGCCAGUUUCAUCAAUGAAAAAUUCCUGUACUAAUGUGUGUAGUAGUUCAAUGUUUAGCUAAUAACAAUACUCUAUAGACCUUAAAUUGUUUGUGGGAUAUUAUACUGCAUAACACAAGGUUGAAAGUCUACUGAAUGGCACUGUUCUAGCAGCAGAAUCUCUAAUAGUCCUACUUUUAAUGGAACAUAUAUAAAUUCCGAUGUAUGGACAACGUAGUGAUUUCUAAAAUGAGAACAUUGCCACUGUAUGGCACCUAACUGGAUACAAUGCAAUCAUAUCUCCUGGACACAUCAACGCACAGGCACACAACUUUGGAAAGCAAAACAUUUCAUUUGUGUAAAACAAUAGAUGCUACAAUGUCUUAUAAGGAAAAUGCUCUUUGAAAUAUUGCAGGGCUUUAUGGGAUAGGACUAGGGUCAAGUUUCCAUUGAUACUGCUAGAACUUUUGAUUGAGUAAGAAAAGAGAAUGGCAUCAUACAAUCCUUUGCUAUUUUCUGUCAGAUGAUAAGGAAUACCAUCUCCCAUCAGAGUUUAAAAAAAGCAAAAAUGUUCAUAUUGAACAGGUGGGUUAAGGCAGGUGGGGUACAGGGUUUUUGUGAUUUUUUUUUUUUUUUUUUUUUAGCUUUGGAAGAAAGAGACUAAAAUGAACACUUGCUGCUAUUUUGUACUGAGAGGGUGCCUUGGAAAAAGUGUGUGUGUACUGUAAAGGAACAUUUAAGUGUAUGUGUAGUAUACUGACAUAUUUAAGUGUAUGUAUAUGACACAAAGAUAUCCAUGCACACUUGUGUAUCGAUAUUUGGGUUUCUGGACAGGUGUAUUAUAAAUUUGGUUGAAAAAAAUCUAUGAUGCCUCCUUCAGUAGCAGUUUUUUAUGUGUAAGUUAGGACUGUAAGAUUCAUCUGCAGUGAAAUCUGUGAUAUAAGACAGUUAGGUUUUUUAUAACAUUAAAACUUUACACAAACAGCCUCAAAAAUUUACCAAGAGUCACGGGACAUCUUUGCAUUGAGCAACAGGUAGGACCCUAGUGCUUUCACCCACAACUAAUCAAGAUAUGGGGUGGGUUGAUGCACUCCAGUUUACACAGGCUCUCCAAGCAAAAUUCAUGUAACAGACACAAAAAAUGAAACAUGAGCAUAUGUUUUUUUUGAACCCACCCUAUGUGGGUGUCCCACAUAGAAACAUGAAAAUGUUUUCUUAUUUAUUGCUGAUGUGGUAUGAAAUGCUCUUUUCAUUUUUCUCUUUAGCUAGAUUUUUUUUCUUUCAAACUCGUCCUGUCAGCCUUCAGCUGCUUAAGUAUAGUUAAAAGAGUUAACCUAUCCUUUUAAUAUAGCAAAGUAAUCUGAGUCCUUGGAUGGAGAAACAACUGGGUUUCUUUUGUUGGAUUCUGAUUGAAAUUCUGUUGAAUUCAAGAGCAUCAACACCACUGAGUUCCUCUUGGGACCCCCUGCUCAUACACACACCAAACACACCAAGCUUUUUGCUUACACAGAGGUGUACUCAAAGCAACUGUUCUGCUGUAUUUAAGAAAAGUGUGCGUGUGCCUGUAUUUAGGAGUAUAUAUAGAGCUAUCUUGAGCUUGUUAGCAUUGUUAUGAAAUGUUUGCUUAGCACCAGUUUUAUUCUAAUUGUCAUUUGGGUGCUGGAAAAUAAAAGCAAAGCAAAAAAAAAAAAAAGAUGGAAACCAAACCACCUCUGACAAAGAGGAUGAUAGACAAAUCAUAUAGUUUCUCCAUUAACAGGGAAAAAAAAAUAGUCUUAUCAGAAUGUUAAAUUUUGAUCAGAAGAAUUAUGUUUUCAUUUAGCUGUCAAACUCCUUUCUGUUGGAGAAGCACAGCACUUUAUGUUAGGGACAGGUAAACAAACUUGCCUUAAUUACUAAAACAAAAAAAGUUGAGGGGGACAUACUUCUCCCUCAUGCUUUUCUGGGGAUUUCAUCUGCAAGGCCUCAAAACUCUCAAGUCCUGAUAGGGAUGCAUUCCCUGUUGAUACUGUUUGGCAGAUCUUGCCAGAAAAGAAAAAGCCAGAGGGACUAUGCAGCACAAUUGGACCAUUCAGGAGCCCAGCUUUGCCACUCAUAUGCAGCUAAAACUCUUUGAUUUCAACCAGAAAUGUGCUUGUGGAGUUGGGUCAGAUGAGUUGUUCUGACCUGAUUCAUUUGGGAGGUUUCUCCACAUGUUAUGAGGAAUCUUGCAUGGGAAAUAAGAUGACAUCAGAGGAAAAAUACCUGUCUACACUACUAAUCUUCAUAAGCAUCUGUUUACAGAAACUGUCAUGUCAUUCUCCAGCAAAACAUUUUUUUUUCCUUCCUGUGCUCAGUUUCCCUCUUGCUAUGUUCAUUGCAUACACAUCAAGUAAUAGUGUUUUCUGAUGUUUUCACGUGGUUACUUGAUCCUUUUUUUUCAGUUGUACUUGAAAAAAAUGCAACUGCGCUGCACAACACAUGCAGUGUCUCAGCUGGUGUAAACCCACCUGGCUCCGUUUUUCAGUUUACACAAGUUGAGAUGUCUUUGUUCGGUACUAAUCCGACCCACAGCAAUUUGGACCAAAUAAGCAGCUGGUCCUGGAGUCUGAUACCUGCCUUGUGUGGAGAGGGGUAAGAUCAGAAUUGGACCACAGGAGCCUAGUUCUAAAAUGAGUGGGUUAUUUGCAUUCCUUUGCUGUUGGUUAUGUUACUGGUUUUGUAUGUCCUGACAUUUCAAAUCAUUCUUUUAAGCAUACACAUGUGUGUGUAUCUAUAUGCAUACGUGCAUGAGAGGGAAUGUAUGAUCCUGUAUGCUGGGCUUUCUGUCAUACUAAUACAAAUCCAGACCAUUUCUACUAACUUCAGAGUAGUUACCAAACUUUUACUCUGGGACGAGAAGGAGCAGAUAGUCAAUGUGAAGUGAGUAUAUACUGUGCUGCAGAGGAAAUUUAAAAUUGUGGAGCUUAACUCCACAACAUCAAAAAAGUGGAGUACCCUGAAAACACAGGUCCAGUGCUGUUUAUCCUGAAUAUAAUAUAUGGAGCACUAGCUAUUAGCAACUGAGUAUGCUACUUGGUGAUUUCAAGAGUUCAGUUAACAUUGUUUUAAUCUUCUAAACUCCUUUUCAGUGAAGUAAAAGCUAAUAGUGUAUAUGAUGUAUUUGCCAUAUCUCAGUGGUAGCUUCUGUGUUACAUACAGUCAACAUUGUUCCGAAUUGUGUAUGUUUACCCAAUUAUGAGGUUAAAAUAUGCUGUAUAGUAUGUGCAAUGUGUUGAUUAUAAGUAUGUUGGAGUUCAGUGAUCUAUUUAGUUUUUACUGUGCUGCUGUUUUGUAGGUAUGUGUGUGUAUGGGAGUAUGGAUUGUCUACAGUGUAUGGGGAAAUAAUAAUUAAUCCUAAAGGAAAAGGGCAGUUAUGUAACCUGCCUUAAUGCAUUCGCAUGAUAUUGUUUAAAUCCCAUAAUUAUCAGUUCUGAUUUCAGACAUUAUUGAGGAUUGUCCAUAGGGCUGACUCUCUCAUUUUUCGGCACUAAGGAGUUAAACUUGAAGUUAUGUGGAGCUCACUUACAUAUUGGUAAAUAAAGAGUAGGAUGUUUGUCUGAUUGACUACCUUGAUUGGUACAAGGUGACAAAGACAUGCUUUCCAAUGUGAUACAGACCAAAUCACUUCUGUGCACACACAACUCCUGCUGAUGCCAGCAGCAGUUGUGAUCAUGUAACUGAAUGGCCUAAAAUUCAUCUUCUAGGAUACAAUCAUGAUAGGAAGGUGGUGAUAACCUGGCUUUGAGAAAGUGCCUGGAUGCUAUGCAAUACUGCUCAUGUCCCAUACUGGAACAUAGCUGUAAAUUCGCAGGAAGAGCUUUGAACUCAGCUCCAAUCUAGGUUGGACUGUAAAAAUCUGUAUGUAAAAAUGAUAAAUGUCAGAGACUGAGCUGCCUGGCCUGGCCCGCCACAUACAGCAUUCUGCUUUCAGGAGCCAUGACAGCUUUAAUUAAAAAAGCUAUAAUAAUUUCCCAGUGCCUCACAGGACCUAGUGCUCUACUUAGAAAUCUCUACAUUGCCCACGGGUAUAAACCCCCUACCAUUCCCACAGCCAAGUCUAGCUCUCCCUUCACGGUUUCUGUCUCGGAUGCCUCUGCCUGAUGCCAAGAGUAAUUCUGAAAGAUGUACUGAUCACAGAGAGGGUCUACCACAUGCCUGGCCAGUUGGACAGGAGUAGGCAGUGUGCCUACCCUACAGUACGUUUGGUGUGAGGUCAGCUUCAGUGAGACCCACCUGAACAGUGAUUGAGGGAAGGCAGAAGUCUGAUAUCAAACCCUCUGCUAUCUUUGUCUAGUCAAAAUGCAGCAUCUUCCCACUCCUCUCCUUUGCCUCUGCUCAGUGCUCCUUAUCUCAACUUCUGCAUACACAUCCCUUUAACUGUCAGCUGUGAGCAAUGCUGUUCAAAGUGAGCAUUAGAGGUUUGUCAUCCUCAGUAGAUCAUAACAAUCCACAGGUUCUCAUAAGAGGUUAAGUACAGGGUUAAAAGGUGGCAGUGUCCCACAUCUGAUCUCCCAGAAUGGUUUAUCUCCACACUCCAAGUUGCCUACACAUGUCCUCUUAGAUGGGCCUCACCUUGGCUGAUGAGAAUUCAGUUAUAAAAUCUCUCAUUCCAAAUUAUAAACAAUUAGAUGAUAUGCCAGUGAGUAUUUCCUAAGAUGGAGGUACACUUGGGCUUUUUUUCUGCAGUGAGAUGACACCUACUAGUCUCUUCCCUCAGAUCUGGGUACUACAAAAGUCAAUUUGAUUGGGAGAGAUUCCUCGAGUAUCUGAAAUCAGUUUUGCGGUGAAGCUUGGAUCCUUAAAGCAGAAUCCUGGUUUAUGUGUAAUUAUUAUUAUUGAAAAUAACAAUAUGUGGUUAAAAAUACAAUUUUAAAAGGAAAAUAAGAAAUAUCUGGGCCUGCCAGGACAGCUGUUAAGUUUUUGUCUGCCUCAGUCAUCAGUAGCUUUAGGAUCAUGUAGGUGAUGAUUGGGAUGUUACUGCCACACUGCCUCCUGACACUGUUCAGGAUCUCUGUACAGAAGCCUUAUUAUUCCCAAUGAGCAUUAAUGCAUUUGAAUGACUUCUCCGUUUUGGAGGGAAGGAUGAUUGUGUAACACUGAGGACAUGGAGCUCCCUGUGUGUUGUGCCCACAAAGGUUCACAGAGCUGCACCUUCUCUUUUUAGGAUCUAAUCAAUGGUACUUUAAUAAAUGUUGUGUAAAAAAUGCCUACAGUUCUGUAUAGCAAAUGUGAAUUUUUAUGACAAGAACGUGUAUUUAAUGUAAAAAAAGAGUAAUAUAAAAUCCAGUUUCUUUGUAUCUGGUGAAACAUCUAAUAAAGCUCUGUUACCUGUA